AUGGGGCCUCUCUCUAUAUAAGCUCUGAUCAGGGCAAAACAUUCGCAGACGUGUAGUCCUACCUGAGCGAGCUCUAACCUCUGAGAAGCCUCUUCCUGUCAGAAAGGAAAGAAACAAGGAACCAGAGGAAGAGAUCCUGCUCACAAACAAAGCUCCGAGGUCUAGUGACUAAAGUGAUAUGUUUUUUGGUCUUCCACGUCCUACUUCAGGAUAUAUCCGCUGCUUGCAGACGUCCGCCGUACAGACUGUGACCCAAAGAGCUCACGAUCUUGCAGUGCCACGGGUGGCUGUUUUUCUGGGUGUGUUGGGAAUUGCGAUGUCUGGAUACAGCUCUCGCCAACUCGCUGUUCACCACCGUCCCUCCACACGCAUCCUGAACUGGAUGUCUAAACCUGCCAUUAAUCUCCAAAGCCCGAGUUCCCCAGGUCGAACCCGUAUGGCUUCUACCAAUCCUGCCAUGGCGCCCAUCAAAAAAGAUGAACAGGAUCAACCAAUCAAAAACACAGGUGACACCGAGCAACCUGUGAAGGCAUCACCUGGUGUAUGAAAGAAAAAAAAAUACGUUAGCCAUACAAGGGACUUGUGAGGUCUUACUGUGUAAGAUGGAGCAUAGUCAAUAAUGUAAUCUGUAGUUAUUUGGAAAGUGCCUUUGUACAAAAAAGCCGGUUAGCCCUGAUUACAUUGUAUGUAUUUAUGAGGUUGGCCAAAGUUGCACAAAUGAUUCAGCAGAUCUGUGAUAAACACCAACUGUCGGUUUGCUGAUGAGUCAUACAUUAAGUUGACAUCCUCGAUAAAAAAUGACCUGCAAUUUAAAAAAGAAAUCUGUUUAAAUAUACAAGCAUACUGGUAUGAUGAUGUCAUGCUUGGGCGCUGUCACUGGUCAUGCAAUAUUGUGAAAUCCCCUGAAUAUUAAUUUGCUGAAUCAAGCCCACAUACCAGCCAUAAUUUGCAUGUCUGACAAUGACAUCCUGAUGACUGGCUCUUUACUUAGAAAUGUAUAUACAGUCACAAUAACACCCACUGUGACAGGCAUGUUUCCUAAGCUAAACCACUUCCUGAAGAUUAGUCUGCUGAAUUUAUUUACUAGGGCUUGUUAAUGAGAUGUAAAUAUACAGGUAGGCUGUAAAUGAGUCAGGAGCUGAUUUUUCUGUUUGGCUCUCACGUCUACAGUGUGUUCAAGAACAGUACUGUAUAGCACACAGAAUGAAACUUAAUGCAUAUUGUUGUGCUUUGUUUUGUAUUAUGUAUAAUCUUUUUAAAUACUUGCUUUAGCUGUUUUAUAUCACUACUGUAUUACAGUCCUAAUAACAAUGUCUGUUAUAAACAAGAAAUAAAAAUAUUGUAUACAUCUAA